CCCGGUGCCGGUCCCGGCCCGGCGCGGCGGCGGGCCUGGCGGGAGGGGGCGGCCCGGGCCCGUUCCGGGGUCUCUCGGCCUCGCGUUCCCCAGCACGGCGGCGGCCGCGCGGUGCCGGCUGAACCGGGGCCGAACCCCCUCCCCCGUGGGGCGGCUCUUGUGGCUCCGGUGUCGGCCCUGCCGCCGCCUUCCCGAGGCGGUGCCGCGGUCCUGCCCGCCCCGCUGCCCCCCGCCCGGCGGCCCCGCCGUCACCCGCUGUCACCGUGACCCCACCGGCGGCUCCUCCCGGCCCUGGGUUUUGGGGCUCAACAAGGCAGCUGCUUUGGCUCUUGCCUGUGGGUUCCCGGGGCUGACAGGCUGCCCUGCGCAACGGCACACUGUAGUGUUGUAACCCCUACAGUAAGUGCGGUGUCGCAUUUCGAGGAGGAAAGGUGACUUUCUGGCGGCUGUGGAAGCACCAGUUCUGAAUUCCCCCGCAGGCCGCUGCCCGAGCGCGGGGGAUGAGCGGCCCGCGGCCCGCGGCGCUCGCGCUCAUGGGGCUGCUGUUCGCCAGGACCAUGGCCUGGGCCUCCAGCGGCAAGACGCACCCCGAGCUGGUCAACAACCUCUACAAAAAAGGGAUAAUUAAAUCCCAGCGAGUCUUUGAUGUGUUGCUGGCUACUGACAGAGGUCACUACAUCAAGUAUUUCCCAUACAUGGAUUCUCCUCAGUCUAUCGGCUACAAGGCUACAAUCAGUGCUCCGCAUAUGCACGCCCACGCGCUGGAGCUGCUGAAGGACCAGCUGGUGGAAGGUGCCAAGGCGCUGGACGUGGGAUCGGGCAGCGGGUACCUCACGGCGUGCUUUGCCAGGAUGACGGGCCCAACAGGGAAAGCUGUGGGCAUAGAGCACAUCAAAGAACUGGUACACGAAUCCAUCAGAAACGUCCAAGAAGAUGAUCCAAGUUUGCUGAGCUCUGGCCGUGUGAAACUCGUGGUUGGCGAUGGCAGGCAGGGGUACCCCGAAGAGGCUCCGUACGAUGCCAUUCACGUUGGAGCAGCAGCCGCCGCUGUGCCGAAGGAGCUGCUGAAUGAAUUGAAGCCGGGAGGUCGGUUAAUACUGCCAGUGGGUCCCGAAGGCGCGAACCAGUUCCUGAUGCAGUACGACAAAACCAGCGACGGGCAGAUCAUCGAAACGCAACUGAUGGGCGUGAUCUACGUUCCUCUGACAGAUAAGGAAAAGCAAUGGCCUCGGGAUGAAUUCUGAUGGAUGGCUGUCUCUAAGGUGACCUCAGAAAGCUCAGGAAUGGGACUUGUGGCUGUAGAUGGUCUGCAUGAUUUUGUUUUGUGAACAACAGCUGUAUCGGUGGAUGUCCUUGUGAAGGCAAGUUCUGCGGUAGCAGAGCUCUUACAGGGAUGGAGAAAAGGGCGUUUCUCCGGCAGCCGUACCAGGGCAGGCUCUCGGAGGCCGCAUCGCUUCCUGACAGCGCACGGAUCCAGAUAACUCUGGCUUUCCUCUCUGAUCAGCUAUAGGUAACAUCUAUUCACAGCGAAUUGUGAAAGCAAACAGGAAUAACUUAAACCUGCACUAAAAAUACCCUUUAAUAUUGACUACUCUGCCUAAUGCUUGAAGAAAAUAAGGCACAAUUACUGUUUCAGAGCAGCGACCUACCCUGAUUUAUCGAAGUUUAAUUACAAGAGCCAGUUCUCUUCC